UCCUGGUCUCAACCGCGCUAUACACCCUUGAGUAGUGUGUGAACUGCCCCCCAGCUCGAGAGCGUGCGCGUGUGUGAGAUGCAGGGAGAACCGCGCAGAACACUACCCAAAUAGGCACAGCUACCGAGCGCACAGACAGAGCCGCUGAAAAAUAUAUUCCACACACACUUCAGCAGGGAGAACUUCACAGCGAAGAACGAAACAAGGAAAAUGGGGGGCAAGCUGAGCAAAAAGAAGAAGGGCUACAACGUGAACGAUGAGAAGGUGAAGGACGCUAAGGCAGAGGGCGCUGCGGCGGAAGAGGGGGAGGCUCAGAAGGAGAGCAAGGAGGAGGCGCCGGCGGCAGCUGAGAACAGCGAGGCGGCGGCCGAGAAGACGGAGAAGGACGCCCAGCCCGCCACCGACCAGACGGCGGCCAAAGACGAGGCCAAGGACACGGCCGCCAAGGAGGAGCCGGAGAAGCCCGCGGCCAACGCCGAGGCCAAGGCCGAGGCGCCCAAGAGCGCCGAGCCCGCCGCCCCCAAGCAGGAGGACAAGCAGCCGGCCGCUCCGGCCUCCAAAGAGCCCGAGGCCAAGGCUCAGGCCCCCGCGCCCCCCGUGGCCGACAGCAAAGCGGAGAGCAAGGACGAGGCCGACGCCAAAAAGACUGAGGCCCCCGCGGCAGCAGCAGCAGCUAAGGCCGAGGCCGCGCCCGCCGCCCCGGAGCCCAAGCCCACGGAAGCGCCGGCCCCCGCCGUGUCCCCGAAGGAGGCCCCCGCGAAAGAGCCGGCCCCUAGUUCCACAACGGCCGCCGUGGAGAACGCGGCCCCGCCCAAGGAGGCCAACGCCACAGACGCCGCAGUCCCCAGCAAGGAUCAAACCGUAGCAGUUCAAGAUUAAUGGACAGCUUCUUUUAAAACAACAACAAAACACCACCAACAACAACAAAAAUAAAUGAAUAAUUAAAUUAAAUAGCCCACCCACAUUAUUAUUAUUAUUAUUAUUAUUAUUAUUUUCCUGCUGUAGUAUUUGAACUUUGAUACAACUCUGUUUUAACCUCCUGCCCCCACCUCUCCACCCUUCGCCAACCCCUCCAGCCGCUGCCUAGAUUGCCAUCCGUGCUUACUGGGAUUUUCCUCAUCUCCCUUGCAUCUGUUCUUCUGUCUGGAUCCUCCUCCUGAAGCUUCUGGGACUGUAAACCACCAAUUUUAUUCUCCUGGACUAUCUAGGCAGAUGUCUGAAAAUGAAAUGGAGAGGGUAGAAUCUACUUACCAGCUGGACAUGCACUCUCAGUCCUCCCCUUCUUCCCUCGCUCCUCUUUUCUCCUCUCCUCUUCACUCAUUUCCUCCCGCUCCUCUCCUCUCCCAUCCUCUCCUCCCUCACCUCUCCAGGGUGCUAUGUUCUCCGUUCUGCCUGUAUGGUCAGUGCUGGAGCGAUCCGGCAGCGAGCGGUUCUUCAUUUAUGUUCCCUCUUGCGUCCUGGCUUUUCGGUCUCCUUUCUCAUGGUGUCACGGUCGUGUUCCCUGCUCUCUCUCCCAACACCCGCUUCUCCACAGGCCUGAGCCGUUGCUUUUAAGAAGGCCGGAGGUGUCACCCCCCUCCCCCUCCCCGCUCCACCUCCCCCCCUACUACCACACCUCCACACCGGUGCCAUCAGCGUUUCCCCCUCCAUCUAUCUCCCUAACACCCCCUCGCCCCUGCUUCUCCUGUAACUUUGGUUCGGCUCUGACUGACAUAUCUGCUCCCAUCGUUCGGCCCGAGCUCGGUGGAUCUCAAACCCAGGCCCGCCGUCACAGAGGUGCGUGGGGGCGGGCCUGUGAGCUGCCGCAUAGUGUAAACACACCACCCUGCGUGAAUCAGCAGCCGCUGCCUUUUCACGCUGUGUCACAACAAAAGCUGCAGAAAUUUUUAAAAAAUAUUUUCACGUGAGGUGGGUCUACUCACCUUCCACAGUCUGUGGGGGAUGUGCAACUCGCUUUGGCUGAGAACCACCAAACUCACCGACUUCUUUAUCUCUAUCUCUCUCUUUCUCUCUCUUCCUUUCUCUCUCUCUCGCUCUCUCUUUGUUUGACUUGAUCUCAUUCUGUCAUUCUCUGUGCUUCUCUAGGUAUAUAAAUAUAUAUCAAUAUAUAUUUCUCGCCCUUUAGGUUUCUGUCUCUUCCUCUCUUGACAACGUAAAUGCAUGUCCGUGGUUGGGUGCACCUGUAGUCCUGUCUUUCGGUCAAGUGGAAACGGAAAAAAAAAGAUUCUGCAUUCAUUGCAAAUAAAGUUGCUGUUCCAAUCCGUGUUGCUGACACAACAACACCACUCAUUGAGACAAAAGAAAAAAAAAUGUAACAUGGAUGCAUUCAAAUUAUAUGUACUUGUAUAAAUGGUGCAACAGUAAUAAAAUGUAAGAAAUGGAUAAAAAACAA